GAUAGUAACGGUGUGCAUAUAACACACACUCAUGUCUGUUAACUCGAAAUCCCUCCAACCACCUAAAUCAUGUUUGAAAGUUUGAGUACACCUUGUCUUGUUCUGGCUCUCUUGGUUGUUGUGCUGUUGGAGUCUACAAGGCAUCUUGCCCGGAGACGAGGAGGCAAGAAUUCGUUGUCUUUUCCUCCAGGCCCUUCAUCGCUUCCUAUCGUGGGUAACGCACUCGAAAUCAACUCUACUGCACCGUGGAUUACCUAUGAGAAAUGGGGCAAGACCUACGGCGAAAUCAUACACUACCGCCUUUUUCAACAACACGUCAUCGUUAUCAACUCUGAGCAAAUAGCAAGAGACCUUCUCGAAAAAAGAUCAUACAACUAUUCAGAUAGACCUGCCCUCCUCACAACAGAGCUACUUGGCUGGUCGCUCCAUAGUGCAGGGCUGAUGCGCUACGGAAAUACAUGGAGACAACACAGGCGAUUUUAUCAUCAAAGUUUACGGUCGUCUGCGGCUCUUUCCUACCGCCCUUUACAGAUGCGCAAAAUCCAUGAGCUCUUGGUUGACAUGCUUGAAGCGCCCGAGGAUUUUGUGCGCCACACAGAGACAAUGGCCGCCUCUAUUAUAAUUUCAAUUACAUAUGGGUAUGAGGCAGAGCGUCGCGAUGAUCCCCUAGUUUCCCUUGUCGAGAACGUCAAUGACAUAACGAUGAAGGCGUUCACUCCCGAAGCCUCCGCGAUCCUGACGUCCUGGCCCUUUCUUUUGUACCUCCCUUCUUGGUUUCCUGGUUUAAAUAUCAAACGCGUUGCGAGAGGAUUUCCAGAAAUGUUGAACGAGAUGAUCGAAAAGCCAUUUCAGUACACAAAAACGGCUACGACUCUCAUCGACUUCAUCCUUGCGAUGGUGCUUUACCCAAAAGUCCAAGAACGAGCCCAAGCAGAGAUCGACUCUGUCGUGGACAAGCAUAGGUUACCUAAUUUUGAAGAUCGUAGUUCUCUGCCUUACGUUGAGGCUGUACUCCGCGAGACGCAUAGAUGGCGUCCUGUUGUACCCUUAGGCCUUGCACACGCUGCUGUAAAUGACGACAUUUAUGAAGGAUUUCAUAUUCCAGGAGGAGCGGUGGUAAUCGCGAACGCUUGGACAAUGUCACGAAAUGAAGUCAAGUAUUCUAACCCAUCAGACUUCAUCCCGGAGAGAUUCCUUUCGGCAGAUAACAAACUCAACGACGACACAGUUCCUUAUGCAUUCGGAUUUGGCAGGCGCGUGUGUGUCGGAAAGCAUGUAGCUGAUGCAAGCGUUUGGGCCAGUAUCGUGUCUCUUCUCGCAGUCUUCAAGUUCACCAAAGCCAAAGAUAACCAAGGACGAGAGAUCAACGUUGAACCGCACUGGACAUACGGAUUGACGGUUCGUCCGGCCUCGUUUGCAUGCCACAUUGAGCCACGGUCAACGGGUUUGGACUCGAAAAUGCUGCACCAAAUGAUAAGCCAAUUCACGUAAUUGAGGAUCCAAUGUGUACUGUGUCCCCAAUGGAAUGCGUGUAUUUGUAUUGGUUGUUUUCUUGAUUCAAGUUGUGCUUCUCCCA